CGGCUGCAUCGAUCCCCUUCUGGUCGCCGGCGGCGGCAGGAGUCGCGCAGGCCGAGAGCCCGAGACUCCCGGUGCCAUGCCAUUGCUCCGGAUGAGGAGGCGGCAGCGAGAUACCUCCGCCGGUGACUCGGUCUCUCGGGCUUGCCGCAGACCUCGGUGGAUGCUGGGAGCCGCCGCUCUCAGUCACCGCGACAGAAGACUCCGGCGAUGAUAUGUACGGCGAGCACCCAGUGCCCGGCGCAGCAGCUGGGACACGGGAACACGGCACGCCCUCUCAUUGAUCCACCAGAUCAGAAUGCUUGGGAACCUGGAACUGGAUGUGAGGGAAGUCAACUAGCUGCUCAUGCUUCCACCGGCAACUUGCAGGUUUGAUUGAUCCAUCUCACAAUCCUGAUCAGAUGCUAAUCCCGACGGCUCUUCACCCGUGCAGGCGAGAUUGCUAGCCAUAAUGCAGACAUGACAGCCUCGUAAUCGAGCUUAACGAGCCGUGUGAUUCGAUUCUUGGGAGGCUUCGGUUGCAGUGCAUGAGCACUUGAUUACACAUGAGAAUGAUUCUUUUUGUCUGCUGGUUCAGCUGACCAAUUGCCACCACCUCUUUCACUAUAUAAAGAAGGAAGCCAAAGCCCGGAAGACAGCAUUGCAGCACCUUGCGUCCUCUUCAAUUUCCAUCAACAAGAGGCUUCACGGCUUCUUCCAUACCAAGCAUGGCUUGCCACCAGAGAUCUGUGAGUGUGCCCUCAAGCCCUCGCUCCAACGAAGUCAGCAUCGAGGAACAGCUUCAGGGCUUCAAGUUGAUAGUCUGCUCACCGUCAGCGACCAUCGAAACCAUGGUUGAUGAUCUGAGCAAGAUUGGGAGCAUCUACAACCGCAUCAACGGGCUCACAUGCUUGCCCAGCAGCCAGCGUGGGCAGAGGAAGACAGUGGAGGAGGAGCUUGACCGCUCUCUCGUUCUGCUUGACCUCUGCAACGCCAUGCAAGAGAGCUUUGCGGACCUCAAGGCCAGUGUCCAGGAGAUGCAAUUGGCUCUUAAAAGGGGAGACGAUGCUUCUGUCCAAGCCAGGGUUCAGUCUUACACCCGCUUAGCCAAGAAGGCGCAGAAGCAGUGCAAGAAGAUCAGCAACAAGGCUUCUUCUGACAUUGAAGGAUGCAGGGUGAUCAAGCUACUUGCUGAAGCAAGACAGAUUGCCAUGGCAACUCUUGAAUCGACAAUUAACAUCCUGUCCAAGCAACUUGUGAUGCCGAGUUCUAGCAAGUGGUCACUUGUCUCCAAGGCACUGCAAAAGAAGAGAGUUGUGUGCGAGGAGCAAUUGCAGGAGUUGGAGUUGGACAUUGUUGAUCUUGAGGGUGGAGUUGGGACUUUGUUCAGGACAUUGAUCCAGAGCAGAGUUUCUCUUCUGAACACUCUUAGUUUGUAGACAGAUCAUACAACAACUCUAACCCCCUGCGAUUAGCAUCCGCCUUUUAGAGGAUUAGCUGAUCACCCAAGCAAAUUUUUGAUGUACAUACAUAUGAGAUGAAGUGUACAGAAAAUUAUUCAAUUGAGAGGCAAA